AUGCCGAAGCGGAAGGCGACUCAAGAUGCAGGCACGGAAAAGCACGCUCCAGCAACGUCGAGUACCCAUCGCGUCACUCGCCGCAUGGCCACUGAUGCUGCUAUUCGUGCCGUCUUCGAUACUGCCGAACUGCUCGAGCAGAUCAUGUUACAGUUGCCGCCUGCCACUAUCCUGACGAGCCAGCGAGUCUGUCACCAAUUCCAAGAUAUUGUGACGACUUCGAGCAGCAUCCAGAAGGUACUAUUCUUCCGCACUUCUAGCGAUUACGAGCGCUGGCCGGUGGUCCGCCCCAGCGGUGCAGCCUACCUCCUCGAAGACGGAAGCGACCGUGCCGACUUUGUGACAGUAUCAGCACGCUGCAACGACUUCUUUCGCCUUUUCCAACGGCCUUUGGACCACAGAAUGCGGAACGGUACUCUGUUCAAGCCCCUCGAGAAAAUGCACGAUGCAGUCAUACAGUCCUUGCGAGACAGCACCAAGGUCCUGUCUUGCGCAAAGAUGAGCUUCACCGACACUCCUUCCUUCUCUGCUACCGUGUGCUUUGAUUGGUCCGUCGGUGUUGCCGCAGCUGGUACGGUCAUGACAGACAUCAGCAUUCCGACUGGCAUCACAGUGCGAGAUGUGAUCGAGGCGAUAAGAGAGCACCGAUCCGGUGAAGGUGCUCAACACGUCUAUGAGAGCGGUCGUGACGGUCGAUGGGAACGAGUGAAGCUUCCAUGCGAUAGUCUCAUGCAAGCUAUUGAGCACAUGGAGCUGAAGCACGGCCAAAGUGCAAAGCUUCAGUUCAAUCUCGUACGCUUGCGCGAUGUAGUGCUGCCAACACAAGAGGAGAGGGAGCAGCGCCUGCAGAGGGAUGGAGACGAAAGCGCUGUAUAG